AUGAAUUAUCGUUUAGGUUCAUUCGGAUUCCUAUACAUGAAUACAGAAGAGGCACCAGGUAAUAUGGGUCUUUGGGAUCAACGUUUAGCAAUGAAAUGGGUUAAAGAUCAUAUUGAAAACUUUGGUGGUGAUCCUUAUCGUAUUACGCUUUUUGGUGAAUCAGCUGGCGCUGUCAGUGUGAGUACACAUGUUGUAAGCCCAUGGUCUCAUUCAUAUUACACCAAUGCAAUUAUGCAGUCUGGUUCAAUCUUCAGUAAUUGGGGUCUAGCAACUAGUGAAAUAUCAUUAAAUCAAACACAAAGACUUGCAAAAAUACUUAACUGUGGGCAUAAAUCAUCUAAUGAUCAAAUCAAAUGUCUACGUUCAAAGUCAAUUGAAGAAAUUUUAGACGCUCAUGAUACAAUGUAUGAUCCAGCUAGUUAUUUUUCUGUACCAUUUCCACCUGUACUUGAUAAUAAUUUUUUUCCAUAUGAAAAUAGUCAAUCAUUUCGUCAAUUAAGAUAUCUUAAACCAUCAGGUGCAUUAAUGUUUGGUAUUAAUAAAAAUGAAGGCAGUUACUUCUUGUUAUAUGCAUUUGUAACAAAUUCAAAAUGGAUGAAAAAUAUAACAGAUUUACCAAUUUCUAAUCGAAUAGAUUAUUUAAGAUGUUUAAGACAAGUUUUAGAUUUAGAUGAUGAUGAUAAACCUGAAUUCACUGAACCAUUGAUACGUUAUACAGAUUUUGAAUAUCAAACGUAUGAACACUUGCCUAGUUUAAAAAGUUGGACUGAAAGACUCGAAGAAAUAAGCAGUGAUAGGAGCUUUAAAUGUCCUACGAUCAAUAUGGCGACUGCAGUAACCAAUGAUUAUCGUAUACCUGGUCGACGUCGUGCUCAUACUCUACCAGUAUACUUUUAUGAAUUUCAGCACAGGACAACCUCAGUACCAAUGCCUCAAUGGACUGGUACUAUGCAUGGUUAUGAAAUUGAAUAUGUUUUUGGUAUACCAUAUAGUCCUCAAUUUCAAGCUACAUUUUAUCGAUUCACAGAUGAAGAACGUCGACUUAGUGAUAUAAUGAUGACAUACUGGGCUAAUUUUGCACGUACAGGAGAUCCUAACAUACUACCAGAUGGGAGGCAUGUAACUGAUCAAGCAGAUUCAGAAGAUGCCGACGAAUUAAUUGAAGAUGAAUAUGAAAACUCAGUGAAUCAUAAACAGAGACGUAAAAAUCCAUUCAUUGGAUGGCCUGAAUUUCGAAACAGUACAAAAGCCUAUAUUGUCUUCCGUUCAGCCCCAGGAAACUUACAUGUCAGUACACGACCACGUCAUCGUCAAUGCUUGUUUUGGCGUCGAUGGUAUCCAGCAUUGCUGCAACAAGUUGAACGCAAUCGUCAGCAUUGUUUGGGUACAUGA